AGUUCGGAGGGGAAGGAGCGCGCCUCCUGGAGCCUGCCCGGAGAGAGAGAGAGAAAGAGAGAGAGAGAGAAAGAGAGAGAGGGGGGGGGGCACGCACACUCUGCGCGUAAAGAGGUGGAGAGGAGCGAAGAAACGUACAGUUUUCUGAGAGGAGAGCUUGCAAGCACAUUUCCCUCUGUCCCCAAGCAGUUUUACGCACGCAGACUGGACCUGCUUCUUACAAGAGACGGUUGAUUUUGCUCAAGAUGUAAAAACGGUCGGAGCCGCAGAAUAAGAAGAAAACAAAUUGAAACAAAAAUGCGCCGAUUGUGAAGAAAGUUGUGGAGGACAUUACUUUUUUUUGUUCCUUUUAAAAGCAAUACUUGUUUUAGAUAUUCCCGAUUAUCAACUUUGAUUUGUUGUUCUGAUUUUACGCACGCUUGUUGUUUUUGCUGUCAGGGGAGGGCACAGAUCCGCGGACUCUGCGCUCCGCGAUGGAUUCCGCGGGACUCCAGCUGUGUUUACAGUUUCAGUUACUUUGCCUUCAGAGUCUAAGCGCGUUUUUCACGCAUUAAAGAAGCGGCUCACAUGGUAGCUUGUUCUUGGAUAGCUGCAAGCCGGCGCUUGGAUUCUGGUCUCUGGUCGCGUUAGGAGAGGAGAUCUGCAGCUCUGCCUCAGAUUUAAAACCGUGCAGGAGGAGAGGAGCUGUUUCUUUUCCCUUUUUUUUAUUAUUUUUAUUUCUCCACACCAGAGGGAAAACAUGGAUUUACUCAUUUGGCUCUGUGGAUGUAUACUGCCGUGUAUUUUACCUGCAGCUGUAAGAGCAGAGGAAGUGGCAUCUGAGUCGUGCGGCGGGUACUUAGACGCGAGCGACGCCGGCUACAUCACCACCCCCGGCUACCCGCUGGAAUAUCCCCCCCACCAGAACUGUCACUGGGUCAUCACAGCCCCCGAGCCUUCGCAACGCAUCGUCCUCAACUUCAACCCGCACUUUGAAAUAGAGAAACUGGAUUGCAGAUACGAUUAUGUAGAGAUCCACGAUGGAAGCACUGAGAACACGGACCUGCUGGGCAAGCACUGCAGCAACAUCGCCCCCGCACCCAUCAUUUCAUCCGGACCCUCGCUCCACAUCAAGUUUGUGUCAGACUACGCCCACCAGGGGGCGGGCUUCUCGCUGCGCUACGAAAUCUUCAAAACAGGUGGACCUCCAUACUCUGAAGGUCCUGACAGGGAUCGCCACUCAGGGCGCCGUCUCAAAGGAAACUCAGAAGGUUUAUUACGUCACCACCUUUAAGCUGGAAGUCAGCACUAAUGGAGAGGACUGGAUGAUCUACAGGCAUGGCAAGAACCACAAGGUUUUUCAUGCCAAUGGUGACGCCACCGAAGUGGUUCUCAAUCGGAUCCCGCAGCCGGUUCUGGCUCGCUUCGUACGGAUCCGGCCUCAGGCGUGGAAGAACGGCAUCGCUCUGCGGUUCGAACUUUACGGCUGCCAGAUAACAGAUGCCCCCUGCUCGGAGCUUCAAGGCAUGUUGUCUGGUCUGCUUCCGGACUCCCAGAUCUCUGCGUCCUCCAUGAGGGACAUCCACGGCUCCAUGGGGGCAGCCAGGCUGGUGGCCAGCAAGUCGGGCUGGUAUCCUAAUCCAACACAGCCCAUAGCAGGAGAGGAGUGGCUACAAGUGGAUCUCGGCACGCCUAAGAUGAUCCGUGGCAUAAUUACCCAGGGUGCAAGAGGCUUGGAGGGCAGCCCCAGCGCCGAGAACCGAGCAUUUGUCAGGAAGUACAAACUAGCGCACAGCUUGAACGGCAAAGACUGGAACUAUAUUAUGGACAGCAAGACUGGGUUUGCAAAGAAAUGACCACUCUGCCAGACACGGUGACCCCCACAACUCCCAGAGUGGAACAGACGACUCCUGCGAUGAGACCAGCCACCUCGCCGUCGCUGUCAGGCGUGUGCGACUUUGAGCAGAGCUUGUGCGGGUGGUCUGCAGACCCCCAUUCAGGUGUGAGCUGGUCCCUGCACACAGCCAGCAGUGGCUCAACUGGACACGGCACACAUGGGACCUGGCAGGACCUGUCUCUGGGAUUAGACAAUUUUUCAGGGAACUACCUCCACCUGGACGCAGGCUCCCACACCCAGCGCAAGAAAGCCCGACUGCUGAGCCCCGAGGUGGGCCCAGAACGAGGCCCUCUCUGUCUCCUGUUCUACUACCAGCUCCAGGGGGAGGCACAGGGGAGCCUGAGGGUCCUCCUGAGGGACAGCAACCUGGAAGACACGCUCUUAUGGGCACUGAAAGGUGACCAGGGGCCUCACUGGAGGGAGGGCCGAACCAUCCUUCCACAAAGCCCCAAAGAGUAUCAGGUGGUGUUCGAGGGGUUUUUUGACCAUCCAACCAGAGGACACAUCAGAAUAGACAACAUCCACAUGAGCAACAGCGUGGAGCUGGAGCAGUGCGCACAGCCUCUGCCAGCUUUAACCUCAGGCAUUCCCAAUCGGAAAGCUACGGACCUCGGGAACGACCCUGAUUUCAAUCACAAGCAACACAUCAAUGGAGGCUGGCCGUCUUUCUUCUCCACCCCAUCCUCCGACGUAGACCCGCCCUCCGUCACCCUGGUGUCGGAGAAGGACAAGGACAAUGCCUGGCUGUACACGCUGGACCCCAUCCUCCUCACCAUCAUCGUGAUGAGCUCGCUGGGCGUCCUGCUGGGGGCCGUGUGCGCCGGCCUGCUCCUCUACUGCACGUGCUCGUACAGCGGGCUGUCGUCGCGCUCCUCCACCACGCUGGAGAACUACAACUUCGAGCUGUACGACGGGAUCAAGCACAAGGUGAAGAUCAACCAGCAGAGGUGCUGCUCGGAGGCGUGAGGGAGGAUGGGAGACGUAACGAAAAGGAUUUUUCGUUUUAUGUUUGGACAUCGUGAAAAAGAAGCACCAUCGCCCCCAUCGCCACCUAAACCCCUCCCUUUGCUCUGAUGUCUAAUGGGGUAAGAUCCAACCUCUCCCACCAUUCUUAUGUGCCAGGGGGAACUUGUGAUCUUGAUCUCCCCUACACGCUUUGAGGCCUAAACCGAGGGAGCAUCACGCCCCCCCCGUCUCUUCUCUACAGCCCCGUUUCUCCUCUGCCUGCAGGAGAAAAUCUGCUCGAUUCUAAAAGCCUGUGAAUGAAUGAAGGAAUGAAUAAAAUAUUAUAAACGACUGAACAGAAUCAAACCCACCAGCCACUGAAAUGAGGCUGCAUCACUCCUGACAAUCUGGACGUUUCGACCACGAAUGACAGCAGAGGGAUGUUCUCUGGCGUGGAGGGUCUGGAUAAAGACAGAACUUUAGCUGAUAUUUUUCAGCCUCUGAUUGAAGUCGUCUCCACCAGUGGUCCAUAUCUGUGGGUACUUCUGACUCAGAUCAACACAUAUCAAAGUGAAUGCCUAUUCCUCCAAAUAGCUUAAAAAGAAACCGAACCACACAACUCAAAUGAAUCUAGAUUUCUAAAAAGGUGGAAAAGCUAAAGAAAACGAGGACGUUUUAUUUCCCCCUUUUUUUUUGUUUGUUUUCGGGGAGUUUUAGCUUUGAGUUCUGUGAGUUUUAAACGUCCAUUAGCCUGCCAUGUGGCGCGCGCUAGCUCCUUUGUCCGCCUUCAGUCUGCGCUUUGUGAAACCAGUGGCAUAGAAGAGUAACGGUGACCGUUUUUGUUCUGUUUUAGACUUGUGUCCGUUUGGAUAAAAAGGUAAAGAAAAGCCAGCUUUAGUUCGUAGCAGCUCCGUAGAGCUCGCACGCCGUUUCUUUUUGAAACUUUUCUUUUAGACUUUCAUUGGACUSCAUGGUCUUAAUUGUUACUUUAGUCCUUUUUUUCUAUUUUACAUUUCCCAUUACAGAUCUUACAAACCUUUUGAAAACAGUAGGGGGAAAGUAUAAGUAAUAUAAAAGACAGAAAAUCAGAAGUUUAUCAAAAUCUAACAUGCUGUUAUGGAGUUGUGCUUUAGACUUAAUAUUCUAGAGGUUAUUUUUUUGUUUGUUUUUUUGUUUUCGGUAUAUAACUAUAUUUUUUUUGCUUUUCAAACUGUAUGAUGCCCAAAUGAUGAGCAGACACUGUGUAAACAAAAAGUCAGUGAUUAUUUUAUUGCAACCUAUGGAUUGCCAAAGAGUUCUGUGCUCACAAGUGUUAAAAGAGGCGGGGUGGAUUUAGAGCGGUGGGCGAACUCGCCGUUUGCCCGUCGCCCUUAAUCCCGAGGAGAAUAAAGCCUGUUUGAGAGAAAAGAAUAGAGUGAGUGAAGGAGGGAAAGAAUCAUGCCGUUGACUUUUUUUUUUUUUUUUUUUUGGACACACAAUCGAGCCUUAA